AUGGACCCAAAGGUUUUGAAUCUAUUGAAAAAUGAGUCAACUGUCAACAAGAAGACAGAUGUCUAUACUGAGUUGUUGUCAAGCCUUGUAGUUGAAGUCAAGGAAGUCACGUCAGUUUCAGCUGCAAGGAUCAUAGCUCCUCUUAAAGCAUUGUUGAAAGAAUUUGAGGCUGUAUCCAAGUUUAUAAAAAGGCAGAACGAUGCUUUGAUUGAAUGCAGGCUCUACGACGAAUCGUACCAAAAGCUACUCGCCAGAAACGAAGAUACGAUAAAGAGCAAACAGAAAGAAAUGGACCUCAGAGUACGCAUGGAAGAUUGCAGAAAGACUCUGGAUAACUACAACUAUUCGCUGAGAAAUGAGCUUCCCCUUUUCAUGCGUAUAGUGCAAAGAUUCAUGACGCAUAUCUUCACGAUGAUCUACUAUGCAAACGCAUACCUGUUUUAUCAGCUCAAGGAAACGAUGCAGACAAUCAAUAACGUUUUCAAAUUCUCGGCGAAUUCACUCGAGUUUGCGGAAAUUGUCAGAACAUUUCACAAUAGCCACGACAAUAUAGCUGCUUCCACAAAAGAUAUUUCAAUCUGCCAUUUUCAUCAGCUUUUGCUCGACAAAAUCACGAUGGAUGUUGAGAGAAUCUAUGCUGAUAGCGAAAGACUCACCCCAAAAGAGACUUGCAUUGCUAUGUAUGACUUUGAAGGGGUUCAGAUCAAUGACCUGAAGUUUAAUGCUGGCGACGAGAUUGAGAUAACAGAAAAAACAGGAAAAGGCUGGUGGAACGGCCGCAACUUAACGACUGGGCAGGCAGGAUCAUUCCCAGUGAACUACACAGAUGCUAACAAAUAA